AUGUAUGCUCAAAGAUUUAUUUUUGUAUUUUUCCCACUUCGUGCAAGAAGAACUGUUUUUAGUCAAUCGAUAAUUUUGAUCGGGUGAGUUUGGGUAACUAAUCAAACAGGAUUUGGAAAAUUCAUUUUCUAGUUAUUCUCAAAACCUCUCUCUUUUUUUAAGAAUCCUAAUAAUCUCUGGCCUUCUUCAAAUCUGGACCCUAGUCUUCAUCACCGCAAUUCAUUUAGACGACGAAAAUCUAGAUAGUAUGUAUUGUGGUGGAGAUCCCCAAUAUUCCACAGAAUCUAAUCAAAUAAUUGCAAUCAUCGAAUGUACAAUCACAUUUUUUGUCCCACUAUUCUUAACAAUAAUUUCCGAUUUUUCGGUUUUGUUUUGGAAUAAUUCAUGUGGCCAGCAGUUUACACUGGUUUCGAAUGAUGGAAUUUGUGAGGGUGGAAGAAAGAAGAGUAAUAUGAAGAUUGUUUCGAUGGAUUGUUUGAAGGUGGGGAAAUUUGAAAAAUUGGGGACUAUAGAGAAAAAAAGAUUUUCUGAUAUCCAAUUUUCAGCUUAAAAAAUAAUUUCAAAAUAAAAUAGUUCAUAAAUAUUUACUGUUUCAAGUAAUUUCUUAACAUUUUUCUACUUCUCAUUUUUGCUUACACAUCCGCCAUGAACUUUCUAGUAUAAAAUUUCAACGUGGCUUGAAAAAUCCCAUGAAAAAUCACUGUUUCAAAAAUUUAUUAUAAAUUUUCUCUUUUUAUUUAAUUUUGAUGAAGAGUCGACUUUGUUCAGAACUGAAUGUUCAGAAAAAAAAUAUCAUGAAAAAUAUACUGUUUCAAAUAAUUUUCAUAAUUUUCUCGUCUUUCAAUUUUUGAUAGAAAUAGCCAAAAAAAAACUAAAUUUCGGUAUUUUUCCUGAAUUUCAGUCGUAAUAGUUCACGUGGAAAGAAAAGUUCAAAAAAAUUUACUGUUUCAAAUAAUUUCUUUACGUUUUUCUUCUUUCAUUUUUCAGUUAAAAAAAACACUAAUUUUCCAUUAUUUAAAAAAAUCCCAUAAAAAAUCACUGUUUCAAAAUUUUAUUAUAAAUUUUCUCUUAUUAUUUAAUUUUGAUGUAGAGUCGACUUUGUUCAAAACAUUAUGUUCAAAAAAAUCUCAUGAAAAAUAUACUGUUUCAAAUAAUUUUCAUAAAUUUCUUGUCUUUCAAUUUUUUGAUAGAAAUAGCCAAAAAAAAACUAAAUUUCGGUAUUUUUCCUGAAUUUCAGUGGUAAUACUUAGUUCAAGUGGAAAGAAAAGUUCGAAAAAAUUCACUGUUUCAAAUAAUUUCUUUACGUUUUUCUUCUUUCAUUUUACAGUUCAAAAAAACCCUAAUUUUCCAUUAUUUUAAAAAAUCCCAUAAAAAAUCACUGUUUCAAAAUUUAAUUAUAAAUUGUCUCUAUUUAUUUAAUUUUGAUGAAGAGUCGAAGAAAAGUUCGAAAAAAAUUCACUGUUUCAAUUACACUUCAAGACAUUUUGCUUCAUAUUUUAAUUAGUUCGAGGUUUCUGCACAUCAUAGUUGAUAUUUUUUCGAGUUUUUUUCAGAGAACUCAAUGUAAACGUGCUCAAGCAAUUCGUCGCUGUCUAAUCUCAGCCACAAUCACACUUCUAUUCAAUCUUCCAAAUUACAGUCUUCAAAUUUUGGAUGAAUUUUUGGAACUUCGAGAUAAUCCAUCAAUUGAUGUUAGACGAUUUUAUUUAAAGGUUGGUCCAAUUUUUAAGAAUUUUUGAAUUUUCAAAAUUCGAGUUUUCUAGAUCGAUGCAUUUGUCUACAUUCUAUAUUUAAUGCAAUUUCCUCUAACUCCAGUUCAUAUAUUUUUCCUAACAUUCAAUACUGCGAAAACUAAAUCAAGGAGUCCGAAUACUUCAAAUCGACUAAAUAAUUGCUGUAAUUCGAGUGUUGUUGUACAUGUUUGA